AUGGCGGACAACGAGGAGGCAGACCCUGAUCUACCAAAAGCCUCCGAGAUUACCCUAAAGUCUCCAUCCGCGGCUUCGGAGACUCGAUCGGUUCGUUUACCAAGGCCAGAGGAGGCAGAACCAUCGGAAGCUCUGCCCUCAGCGCGAGACAAUCCUCGAGGUUCACCGAGUGCUGGAGCCAACAGGAGCCAGCAAGAACCCAACGAGGAGAAGGUUUCCAAGAGCCAGGAAGAGUUGAGAAAGUCUCGAGAGGACGAGAAGCCUAACCUCGGUCAGCUACAGAGGAGCAAAGCGACGAAGCUGCAUCGACAGUGUCACCGUCGGUUAAGAGAGAUGAUCGGCAAACGGGAGCUGAGGAACGUCGAGCUGGAGAGGCAGCAGGGUGACCUGAAGCAGCGGUUGAACGUCUUGGAGUGUUCGAUGCCGGCCGUGAUGGUGUGGAACAUGUGGAGGAUGUCUCGGGGCGGCUGCGUUCCUGGACUCGAGCGAGCCUUGAGGAGGCAGUUCGAAGGUCCAGCAUCGGGAGAGGCGUGCUGCCCGAGCACGCCGAGCCGGCACUUCGACUGCAGAGUGAGGGAAGCGGAGGCUGAGAGGAAGCAGGCGCUGAAGAGGAUGGAAGACGCCAGGGCUCUCUGGGCGGAGAAGGAAGCCACGUUGGAGGACAGGAGCAGGAAGCUGGAAGAAGCCAAGAGGCUGCGAGAGGACACCCAACUGAAAAUUGGACAGCUGUCCGCCGAGGUUCAGAAGCUCAGAGAGGCCGCCGUCAAAGUGGAAGACGACGGAGCCUGCGAGGGGGAGUGCGAAGUGGCAGAGUGCAAAAAGAAAUGGCUGGAAAAGGUACCGAGCUGCGCGUCCAUCAAGUCGGCGGACAUCGAGUGCCUGGAGAAGCUGCAGCAAUUAGCGGAGAACGAGGUGUACAUGAGGAGAAAUAUCGCCGAGCUGGAGAGUCGCGAGGAAGCAUACAUGAAGACCCUCCAGCAGGCGGACGAGCUCUGGUGUAAGCUGGACGCCGACGCGACGAGCACCGUCACCGCUUUGCAAGAGCAACUGGACACGAAGACGGCGGCGAACCAACGAAUGGCCGAUCGGAUCUGCCAGCUGGAGGACGUGAUAGAGGAGCUACGAGCAAGACUAGGCGUUUGCAGAGACGAACUGCAGAAAUACGUGAGCGUGAUCAAGAUAGAGGCGAUGGUAGGCAAGGAGGACGACUUUGCCGACGUUCUUGAGAAGGAGAUGCUGGUUGCAGCGCCUGUGAAAGACGAAGAGGUGGGGAGAGUCGACGAUGUGGCCGACGUCGAGGAGCUGGCUACUCUGGUUACAGAGGAGUUGGAGGAGAAAUUUAUCAUGGCUGUUCCGAAGCUAGAGGAUGUUGACGUGGAGGCCAGACCGGACGUGGUGGACCGUGAUUUGGAGACGAGGCCCGACGUCGCGGAUGCUGAAUUGGAAGUAAAACCUGACGUGGAACACGUGGCCAUGGAGGUCCUCAGGAGAGACUUGAUACCGGUGGAUGACGUUCAAAUGGUGAUUCACCCGGACGAUUUCAUUUACGAGAACGAAAGACUGAAGCAAGCUCAAGACUAUCUCGCCAAGAUAGAUUCUCUCUCCGAGCUGGACAAAUACGGGGACGAUUAUAUCUGCGCCCCAGGCUUCGUCUGCAACGAUCUGGUGUUCUCGGAGACUGGACUCACCGAGGAGGAGACGAUCGCUUUGAACGAGAAUCGCGUCACGCCGCAGGAAUUGUUGGAAAAGUAUGGUUGGGAGUUUGACGAGGAAGGGAUGACGAUUCGAGAAACAGCAGAGGCUGUGGAAUUGCAUGAAAGGCUGCUAAAGACACAGAUUGCAAGAGAAGUGAAAACUGUUGAGCCAGUCGAGGAAGAGGAAAUCGUUGCCGAGGAAGUUACAGUGGAGGAUAUUGAACCUGUCAGAGAAACUCGACCUGCAGAAGAAGUUGAAACUGUCGAGAAAGUCACGCCCAUGGAAGAAGUCGAACAUGCAGAGGAUAUCGAAGUUGAGGAGUACGAGUCUGCGCUGGACAUUGAAUAUGUUGAGGAAGCUAUUAAACCUGUACAGGAAAUUAGACUUGUGGAAGAUGUAGAAACUGAAGAUGUUAAACUUGUGAAACACUAUGAACCUACUGACGAGAUCAAACCUAGGCCUGUUGAAGAAAUUAGACUUCCAGAAGACAUCAGACCUAUUGAAGAAACCAAACUUGCUGAAGAGAUCAGACCUACUGAAGAAAUUAAACCCAAGCCUCCUGUUGAAAAAAUUGAAGCUACCGAAGAAAUUAAGCCUAGGCCUGUCGAAUAUGCCAGACCUAUUGAAGAAACUAAAAUUGAGCCUGUUGAAAAAAUUGAAGCUACCGAAGAAAUUAAACCCAAGCCUGUUGAAUAUGUCAGACCUAUUGAAGAAACUAAAAUUGAGCCUGUUGAAAAAAUUGAAGCUACCGAAGAAAUUAAACCCAAGCCUGUUGAAGAUGUCGGACCUAUUAAAGAAAUCAAAGCUGAGCCUGUCGAAGAGAUUAGACCUACUAAUCAAAGUAGGCCUGUCAAAGAAAUUAGUCCUGUUAAACCUGUAGAAGAUACCAAACCUACUGAAAGAGUCUCUCCAACUGAACCUAAGAAAAUUGAAAUGGAAGAAGCACCAAUUGCAAAAUAUAAAGAAGACAAAAUUGACUGGGACAACAUCUUGGUUCCAAGAAAAGAAAUGUUAUCGUGGCAGAGUGAUGUUGACACUAUUCGAACGACAAUCGCGGAGUGCCCUGACUGCGUGGACGUGAAGAAAGAAGCCGAUCAGUUGGCGACUGAUAUGGCAGCGUACACUGGAACCGAUGUGAAAGAAAUAGCGGCGAUGCCGAGAUCUCGGGAGGAAGCGACGGUGAAAAGGCCCGAAGAAAAAUUUCUUGAGAUAGAAAGUGAAAUACGAGCGAAGCCAGACGUUGCGGAAGCCGAAGUCCGGCCGAAGAUAGGAGAAGAGGAAGUUGAAGUCGAACCUGACGCGGCGGUGGAACUGAAACUCGAAUUGGAGCGCCCUCCUGAGCCGCCAAUCACAGCGUUGGAGCCUGCCGUGAGUCCUCAACUGCAAGAAGACGCGAUAUUGGAAGAAAAGCUGGAGGAAACUCCGAAAGAAGUGGAGAAGCAGCCGGAGAAAAUGCCAACGAUCCCCGAAGCGGACGAGGAUGAGAUCCCUCCGAUGAAAGAGGAAGAAAAAAUUGAAGAAGAAGUCAGAGAACCAUUACCAAAGAUAGAAGAAGAUGUCCCAGUCAGGGUGGUGGAGGAAAAAGAGAUUGAUGUGGAAAUCGAAGAAAAAGUGGAAGAAGAGCCAAAAGAAGAAGAAGAAGAAGAAGUUAAAUGGGUUCCUUUGGAAGAGAAGAAACUGGAGGAAGUGAAAGAAGUUCCAGUGGCUGUCGAAGAAGAAAUAGAUGUAGAAUUAUUGCCAGAAGAGAUGAAAGUAUCAGAAGAAGAGAUACUUAUAUGGAAAGUGCUACCUGUAGAAGAGGAAGAAGUUAUUUGCACCUGCCCACCUGUACCUCCGCCUCCUACCAAGAAGAAGAUAGAGAUUACCCAGACGGAGAUCACAAGAAUCGAAACUGUCCAAGUGGUGACGCAAACGGUCAUAGACGUGGAGACACAAACGACGCCGAGAAUCACCAGACAAGCACAACCGCAACUGGUGACCAUCACAAGAGCUAUAGACCCUGACCCAGAGACCGUGGAACGACUGCUGAAUUACGAGAGGCCUCUGAAGGAGCAGUUCGCGGCUAUGACUGUCACCGAAAGCUCGCACACACAAAAGAGCCAUAUUAGUUCCGUUCAUAUCAGCGCGACAGAAACUGGCGGUCCACCUGUCAACCCUACUGUUCCCCGUAGCGUCUCUCCUGGUGCUCGUGGCCUCAUUCCGCCCGACCAUCCUCUAUCAGCGGUGCUCCAAACUCUGCGAGCCGAGAAGAAACAGGAAGCAGAAAGGGAACUGAGAUCCACCUACUACGGCAAGAAGUCUGGAGAGCUGUAUCGAGAUGAGGGCAAAUGCAACUGUUGCGAAUGUGGCAGGACCAUGCACACUCCUCUGCAAACAUCUAGAGCGCAACUAGAGGGACAGGCACCAGUGUUUAGAAUCGUGUCAAACCUUCCAAUAAGCGGAACGAGAAUUAGUCCUGGCACCGAUCAGCCGACGCAGCACGAGACAGUCUGUCCAAAAUGCAAACUGGAGAAGCUUCAGCAGACUCUGCGAGCGCAGGACCCAUUGAAGAGAACUACCAAGAAGUCGACGAGAGAUCAAGAGGUCUGCACCUGUGAAACUGAGGCUAGGAAGGCUCUGCCCUGUCGCGAGAAGGCGAGAAGGAAAUCAGUGGACCAGAUCUGCAUGGCGAAGAUUCCCAAGGCUAAGCCAAGGAGAAUGGAUGACAGUGACGAGGAUCAGAGUGUCACAGUGGGCUGUGCUUGCAGUGGGUUGAUAGAGGUGAAGCCUGGGGUCACGAAGAAGGUUCACUGUGCCUGCGGUGAUCCCGACUGAUCUCUGUGCUUUGUCU